AUGGCGUUACAGGACGUGUGUCAUUUCCGGGAUUACGCUCUGCCUACGACCCCGUUGGACUUUUACAUGCCGGCUGUGGAGUGUCCCCUACAAUGCGGCACCGUGAAGAAUCCUCCACCCUUCGCCGUGUCUCACGGCACCACCACCCUGGCGUUCACCUUCCGGGGCGGCGUCUUGGCUGCCGGGGACACCCGCUCCACCUGCGACGGGCUGGUCGCCAACCCCGACUCUGAGAAGGUGGCGCCCAUCCACAGUCACCUGAUAGGCACCAGCUCGGGCUCGUCGGCCGACUGCACCCUCUGGAAGCGGAUCCUGACUCGGGAGCUGCGGCUCUACCGGCUGCGACACGGCCGCCGGGUGUCCACGGGCGGCGCCGCCAAGCUGCUGUGGCACAUGCUCCUGCCGUUUAAGGGCACCGAUCUGUGCGUGGCCACCACCUUGUGCGGGUGGGACGAGGGCGGCCCCGGCAUCUUCUACGUCUGCAGCGACGGCACUCGGCUCCAGGGAACGCUCUUCUCGGUGGGCUCGGGGUCGCCUUACGCCUACUCGGUUUUGGAUCAAGCGGUGGAGUGGGGGAUGUCCACGGAGGAGGCCGUGCGGGUGGCGAGGGAGGCGGUGUACAGAGCCACGCACAGGGAUGCCUACUCGGGCAAUUGCGUGGACAUCUACCACGUCACCUCCGCCGGGUGGACUCGCAGGGAGCGCGAGGACUUGAAAGACGAAUAUUACAGAGAGCACAUGGCGGAAGUUGAUCACAUCUAA